GGUAGUUGUUUUCGAGUAGCAUCUUGAAUAGGACUUUUAUUUCUUUACACUGGUCCUCUGGCGUUGUUGUAAGUCUACGUAUUCUAUCUGCAAGACCUUGUAUUAAUCCUCGUUUCACCGUGAGUGGAUGAGCUGAGUGAUAAUCGAGGAAUCUUCCAGAGUGUGUGGUUUUUCUAUAUAGCGUCGUUUUAAUGCUGCCAUCUGUUAUUCUUUGUAUUUUGCAAUCUAACAUAGGCAGUUCCCCAAUUUCAUUCUCUACUUCCAUAGUGAAUUUUAUUGAGUCGAUAUGGCUGUUUAUGUGUGAGAAGAGUUUCUCAAUAUCGUUUUUUUUCACUAUUGAGAAACUCUUCUCAUUUAGAAAUGCAUAUUUUCCAUCGAGCUUACUUCUUGUAGAAAUUAAUAUGAUCUAAUCAGAAACAUUGGUUUAAUGCAACGUUCACUGAGUGCUGCAUACACACAAUAUAACUGAGAUGAUUGUUUGAAAGUGUCAUUAUUCUCUAAACAACUGAUUAGUAGUAGUAUAAGUGAAGUGUGAAAUCCCCUUUUCUGCUAGGAGACUCCACAAGUUUGCAAAUUGAGUGUGUUUGUAUCACUCUCAUAUGUGUAGAUUUGUGAAAUUAUUCCGUUGUAUUAGUGUAGCGUUAGUCAAGAUUUAGUCUAGCAGUAGGAUAUGAACUAAGAUUUUAUGCCAUUCACUCGACAGAGGUCAUGUAUUGUUAUCUUCGAAUCCAUAUGACAUUGUUUCUGCUGUCCUCUUCAGCUGGGUCCACGGUUGUCCAUAAUCUCUCAUCUCCUCCUUACGCUAUCUCCUCUAUGUCAUCCUAGGACGACCCACUAGAGAGAUGGUCUGGCGUGCGAUGUCACCCAACAGUCUGCUCGGCGUAUUCCCAGUCCAUCUCCAUUUUCUCCUACAUAUUUGUUGAGCUAUCGGCUCUUGGUUGGUUUGUUGCCAGAGUUUCUUGUUGCCAAUUCUUUAUGACCGGCCAUAUGAGCGAAGGUGGCAGCUGUUGAUAAAAGUCUGCUACUUGUUGGACAUCCUGUUCGUGACGCAUUUGCGAAGGUUCUGACCCACUUACAAAGAAGUGACUGCACAUUUGUGUUGCAAAUCCGAAUCUUGUUGUUUAUUCUGAGUGCAGAAGAUUUCUAAACUAGUUUCAUCAUCAUUCAUCUAACUCGUCGGAACUUUCGGUCGACACUGUCCCAACCAGAACUUCUAUCCUCAAUGUCUUUGUUACUCAACCUCUAGAGGAAGCUGAAAUUCUCAAAUACUGAAGCAAAAGUAUUGUAGUUUCUUUUGAAGAAGAAAUGAUUCCACAUAGUGACACUUCUGUGUUACUCUAUAUCUCUCUGGACGAAUACGACACGGUACAUUUACGGUAGGAAGAGAGAGUCUUCGCGAAUGAUUUGGAGAAUGUGAGCAGUGUUGAGUGGAAAGGACAUCAGUCUCGGUGUCUUUUCGUGUUCUUUCGGUGUUACUGUCCACAAUGUGAUUGUCCCUACUGUGAAGGUGAUUUAUUUGGUAAUUGAGUAUAACACGAACUGUAUUUCAGAAUGAGUAAGUAGGCGUUUUCCGCCUUUAAAUUUAUUGUUGUUUGAUUGUGUUUGGUGGUGAGUCACUGGGGUUACACAAGAUGAAAUUAAUUCACCUCAGCUGUUAUUAUGUGUAUCUUGUUACUCGAAGAUGACAUUAUGCAGGAGAACUAAGAUAAUGGUUGUCAUACUACCUGCGACUCAUAUUCGCAGGAUCUAAGACCUGUAUCGAAUUGUCAAGGCUGCUAAAUUCAAGUGAAGUCAGUUUUUGUAAUCCAUCCCACAAAUUCUAUCACUGCUAUUUGAUCGCACUGCACGUUUUCAUUCUGUUUGAUUUGCCUUGAUAAUUAGAUCAUCGAUUUCAGUGUAGUGAAUGUGGAAAGCUCUUCUCCUGUGCUGGAAGUUUGAAGACUCACACCCAAUCUGUUCAUGAAGGUAAAAGAUAUCAGUGUGAUGUAUGUGGGAAGGAUUUCACUGUACCUGGCAAUUUGAAGAGGCACAUGGAGUCAGUCCAUGGAGGUAAGAGAUAUCAGUGUGACGUAUGUGGGAAGGAAUUCACUCGAGCUGACCAUUUGAAGACUCACAUGGAGUCAGUCCAUGGAGGUAAAAGAUACCAAUGUGACGUAUGUGGAAAAGAUUCCACUACAGCUGGCAGUUUGAAGACUCACAUGGAGUCAGUCCAUGGAGGUAAAAGAUACCAAUGUGACGUAUGUGGAAAAGAUUCCACUACAGCUGGCAGUUUGAAGAGACACAUGGAGUCAGUCCAUGGAGGUGAGUUUGUUGUUUUAAGUGUUUAUUUUGUGCAAGAGUUUCAUGUUGACUUGAUGAAUUUCACCUUUCACUACUAUGUCACAUACACGACCGAUGUGGUUUCACCCUUUCCAUUUCAAGAGGUUGGUGCAGGUGUAGCGUGUAAGUGUUCUGCCUACGAUUCGGUAAUUUUGCAAGAAUUUCUUUUCUGAAAUGCAUUUCUGAGAAUCGGCUUCCACGAUUUUAUUCGUUGAUGAUUAGCAUGGCUGGGAUUGCAGGAUAUAUCGUAUGAGUUCAGUCACCGGUAUUUUCGUGUAGUUUGUUCUUGUAAAUUCACCUCCUUGGUUAGUGGCCGUAUGUUGUGUAACUCACUAACCCACCGUUUCGACUACAUUUCUUUUAAUUUUGCCAAUGCUAUCUGUGAUUGUGCCAUUUAUAUCGUCGACAAAUGAUGAAUAAAUGUGAAUGACUGUAUUAUGUCGGUCGUGAAGUGAAAUAAUGUAAUGCUGUUUGCUGUUUAACUUGAUGGACUUUAACACUUCAUUGAGGACACCAUUCAGAGGAAACGAUGAGAACUCCAUCAUUUAUUUGAAUGUCUUCACUUCCAAACAAUUUGAGUAUUGAAGAAUAGAAAUGUAAAUAUUAAAUAGUAGUUAUAGUAAUACAGCUUUAUCUCAGAUCAUAUAUAAACAUAUAGUAGAGAAAUGCUCGGCGUAUUAAGUUCCGAAAUAUUUCAGCUGAGUUGAGGAUUAACUUACAAAGUAAUAAUCUUAAGUAUAUUAUGUGACGCAAUCUUGAUGCAUAUGAAGAGAUAACCAGUUUUGUACAUUUUGUCUUCAUUUACUUCACGAAUUGCGAAGCGUUCAGUUGGAAGUUGAUUGAAUGAACGCACAAAUUCAUGUAGUAGUCACCUGAUAUAAUUGCACUAAGAAAUACAGAAGAGAUUAGGCAUUCUGAUGCAUGGAAUGUCUGGUAG